CUCCAAUUUUCUUCCUCAAGCACUCUUGAGCCUUUACCCUUCAUCUCAACCAUGCUGCGUCGAUGGAAGCCGUUGCAGAAAAAUGUCAGACCAGUUCAGCAUCUACGCUGAGCUUCUGUCAAACAUCCGCCAGGUCUCUGUCGUAGCCAGCCUCCCCUCGGCGCGCAAUGCCAGCACGAAAGCGAUGCUCUUGAACGGCGGCAGCCGGAUCCAUAUCAGCCACGACGGCGACACCCGGGAGCUAGACCUGCCCGCGGUGGUCCACACUGGCGGUGGUGCCGGCAGCGGGCCCGUCGUCCUGCCUCCAACAAAACCUGCUGCUGCUGCUGCUGCUGGCGCGGGAGCCGCCGCAGGACGCCAGUGCGCCUGGCGCCUCCCGCUGCCGCCCUCCCGCCAGGCGCCCCCACAGGCGGCCGCGAGCCCGGCGGCCCGGGGCGCGGCAGUGCCGUGGGAGGCGGUUCGCAUCGCGCCGGCCGCCACCUCGGUGCGGUGUCGGUCGUGCCGGGCCAUCGUGGUGCCCGGGAAGCGCAUCGCGCGCUGGAAGGACCUGCCGAGCGCCGACUGGGCCGAGAUGAUGGAGUUUUGGCACUGCCACAAGCCCGACGACCAUGCCGACGGGCGUGACGGUGGCGAGCAUGAACACAGCCACAACCACGACCUCGAGCAUCGCCAGGACGGCGGCAAGGCGAACGGCCAGACCCUGGCCGGGCGGGGGUACGGUGCCAAUUCCAGGAUCCAAGGCCAGAAGGGCGUGGGCCUUGUGGAUCUGGCCAUGUUCUUGUUUGCAGAAGAGGACUGCGAGGGUAUCAUGUUCUCACCAUCCUCUCCGGGAGAUUUCCUCGAGAGUCCCUCUCUCGAUGUUCUAGCUGGAGCCCCGGCCAGGCACCUGGGUGCAUCCUGCUCUUUAUGUGAAUCUACUAUAGGCUACUACAGCUUUGGGACGUCAGCUGUGACACUCUUGAAGUGGCGGGUGCUUAUACAAGAAGAGCCUGAAGUGGACGUGGCCCCCGCAUCACCCUCCAUGGGUCAAUGCCUCGCAGCAAUGCUGCUGUCCACAAUCGCCCGGUCGGGGUCAUCCAAACCUUUGGUUGUGCCAAUGACGGGACUGGUGGUAGGGAAGGGGGGCCAGAUUCUAACGUCAGGCAAAGCAUUAAGCCUCUGGAUACUGAACAGCACCAUUCGUUUCACGUCCACUGCAUAUUCUGGCAGUAAUGUGUUGGCCAUCAAGCUGCUCUACAAGGUCAUCACCGAGGAGGAUGCCACCAAAGUCAUGGAGUCGAUGAACUCGGACACCCAGGACGUGAGCAUCCCGGAUGAGUCUCUAGGCUCCGUCAUCGAGAUGCUUGAUCGCAGCAACGCCAUCCUUCCUGUAGACGACCGCAUGUUUCAAGGUUGGAAGGUUGGCCUACUGGAGCAGUGGGAGUGAGGAGGCCAAAGGGGGUGCCGAUGCGACCCGGACAGAGGAAUGAAAGCCAGCUUCUGGUCUGCUGGCAUGAUAGCUCAAACAAUGAUACCUAUUUUGCCCCA